AUGGCGCUGCGGCGCCUCCUGCUGCUGCUGCUGCCACUGCUCUCGCUCCAGCCCCUGGACCUGCUGCCUGGCGCCUGGGGCGCCCGCGGCCGCGCCGCCAACCGGACCCUGAGCGCCGGCGCCGCGGCCGUCGGGGGCCGGCGGCUCGGGGGCGCCCUGGCCCGGGGCGGCCGCGAGCUGAACGGCACCGUCCGGGCGCCCGGUGGCCCGGAGGCGGGGGGGAAGGAGGCGGCGGCGGCGGCGGCGGUGGCGGCGGCGGCCAGCGCGCCCGUCACCUACGAGACGUGCUGGGGCUACUACGACGUGAGCGGCCAGUACGACAAGGAGUUCGAGUGCAACAACAGCGAGAGCGGCUACCUGUACUGCUGCGGCACCUGCUACUACCGCUUCUGCUGCAAGAAGCGCCACGAGAAGCUGGACCAGCGCCAGUGCACCAACUACCAGAGUCCGGUGUGGGUGCAGACGCCCAGCACCAAGGUGGUGUCGCCGGGGCCCGAGAACAAGUACGACCCGGAGAAGGACAAGACCAACUUCACCGUCUACAUCACCUGCGGGGUGAUCGCCUUCGUCAUCGUGGCCGGCGUCUUCGCCAAGGUCUCGUACGACAAGGCCCACCGCCCUCCUCGGGAGAUGAACAUCCACAGGGCUCUGGCUGACAUCUUAAGACAACAGGGACCAAUCCCCAUAGCACACUGUGAAAGAGAAACUAUCUCGGCUAUCGAUAGCUCUCCCAAAGAGAACACGCCGGUCAGAUCAUCCUCGAAAAACCACUACACUCCCGUGCGCACGGCCAAGCAGACUCCAGGACAUUAUGGGAAGGAUGCUUACCGAAGUGGAGGACCUGAUCUCCAUAACUUCAUCUCAUCUGGAUUUGUCACGUUAGGAAGAGGACACACGAAGGGUGAUCAUCAGUAUAACCAUGCGAUUUUAAGCAGCGCUACCCAGACCCCUACACAUGAGAAGCCUCGGAUGAACAACAUCCUGACAUCGGCCACCGAGCCCUAUGACCUCUCCUUCUCCCGCUCCUUCCAGAACUUGGCCCACCUGCCCCCAUCCUACGAGUCCGCAGUGAAGACCCAUCCCAGCAAGUACUCAUCCCUGAAGAGGCUAACUGACAAGGAGGCAGACGAGUAUUACAUGAGAAGGCGGCACCUGCCCGACCUGGCCGCCCGUGGCACCCUCCCCCUUAACGUCAUCCAGAUGUCCCAACAGAAGCCACUGCCGCGAGAGCGACCCCGCCGGCCCCUCCGGGCCAUGUCUCAGGACAGGGUCCUGUCCCUGGAGCGGGGCCUGCCGGAUGAGUUCGGCAUGCCCUACGACCGCAUCCUGUCGGACGAGCAGCUGCUCUCCACAGAGCGCCUGCACUCCCAGGACCCGCUGCUGUCCCCGGAGCGGACAGCCUUCCCCGAGCAGUCCCUGUCACGGGCCAUCUCGCACACGGAUGUCUUUGUGUCCACGCCCGUACUGGACCGCUACCGCAUGACCAAGAUGCACUCCCAUCCCAGUGCGUCCAGUAACUCCUGCGCCACCCUGGGCCACAGCCAGACGGCAGCCAAGCGCCAGGCCUUUGCCUCACGCAGACACAACACCGUGGAACAGCUGCACUACAUCCCAGGCCACCACACCUGCUACACAGCCAGCAAGACAGAAGUGACCGUGUGACCGGCAGGGCAGGCAGGCCAGCGGUAGAGAGGGGCCUAGAGCAGAGCUUCCAGCUCUGGAUGGCUCCCUUCCCUCUACCCCUCUGUAGGAGCUGGGGGUGCACCGCCUUUGCCCAGAAAGCCAUACUCCUGGGACACGGCUGGUGGUCUGGCACAGCACGCUGGGAUCUGGGAUCUAGAGCGAUCACCCUCACUCUUCCAGAAGAAUCGAAGGGGAGGGAGGAGCGGGGCUAGGCCCCAGUCUCGCCCCCCCCACCCUGCCGACUGUCACCAACUCCCUUUCAGUCCCACAUCCCCUCUCCCCGUCCUGGGGGCUCAGAGACCCUGGCCUGACCCUGGCCCGAAGCUGCCUGGGUUUGAAUUGGCCAGUGGGUGCAGUCAAGGGGCUCACCCUGACCGAAUAGGCUACUCGGUCUCAUUCAUUUACUUAAAACCGCAUCACAGAAAUCUAGUGCCUAAAAACUGCCCGCUCGCUCUCUCAGAGCCAGGGAGCUGCUGUGUCCAUAAGCACAAUGAUUCUCUUCUGCCUGCUGG